GUAACUCUCUUUCAAACCACCGGCCAGUUGUAACAAAUUAAAGAAAAUAACAAGACAGUAGAAAUGAGAAAUUUUUCCUUAGCAUUUAUAAUCUGUGUGUUUGUUCUAGUACUAGUGUUGAAAGAAGCACAAUGUUCAGUGAGACAAGUGAAGCUGCACCAGUUUCAAACAAAGCUUCUACACAAAACCUCUCUUACAGCAUCUACUGUGCCUUCUCCGCCAGUUCCAAAGAGCAAUGGCAGAGUGUUUUAUCCAAUCGGGUACGGUGCCGAUCCCACAGGGGCGCAGGAUAGUACUUCCGCCAUAAUGGAGGCCUUAAACGAUGCCGUAAAAGUGCAAAACGGGCUUUUCUUGCUCCCCGGAAUCACUGAUUUAGGCGGCGUAACCAUUGAUUUUCAAGGCGGCAAUUUCAAAAUCAGCUCUCCCAUCAGAUUUCCUCCUAACAUAGGCAACAUUCUGGUUAAAGGAGGCACACUCCGAGCAUCAGACAAAUUUCCAGGUGACAGGCAUCUGAUCGAACUAUGGGCACCAGAUUCUCACCAAUCCACUGACAAAUUUUCAGACAGAAAAGACCUAAACAAUGGAAUGAAAUACGAGGACAUAACUUUCCACGACAUCCUCUUCGAUUCCACAUACAGAGGAGGAGGCCUUCUCAUAAUCGACUCAGCCCGAAUUCGCAUACUCAACUGCUUCUUCCUCCACUUCACCACACAGGGAAUCCUUGUCCUUAGAGGACACGAAACCCUGAUAUCAACUUCCUUCCUCGGACAGCACCCAACCGUCGGUGGAGACAGAGACGAAAAGACUUACACAGGCACUGCUAUAGAUAUUGCCAGCACGGAUAAUGCGGUUACCGAUGUUGCAAUCUUCUCUGCAGCAACUGGAAUUAUACUCAGAGGCCGUGCCAAUGUAAUAACCGAUGUGCAUUGUUAUAACAAGGCUACGUAUUGGGGUGGAGUUGGAAUUCUAGUUAAAUCAGCGCAGAACAGGAUUGUUAAUUCUUAUUUGGAUUACAAUAGUAUUGUGAUUGAAGAUCCUGAUCAGGUUCUUGUUUCCAACGGUUUUUUCUUGGGGGAUGGGAAUAUUGUGCUCAAGUCUGUUACCGGUCGGAUUUCGGGUUUAAAUAUUUUGAAUAAUGUAUUUUCCGGGGACCCUAAGAAUAGGGUGGCGUGUGUGAAACUUGAUGGGGCGUUCAAGGGCGUUGAUCAGGUGGUGGUUGAUCAAAAUGUGGUGGAUGGGAUGAGCUUGAAAUCAACGGUGGCUAGAUUGGAAGUGGCUGGAAAUGGAACUAAAUGGGCGGCUGAUUUUUCGGGAAUUUUGUUGUUUCCGAAUAAAAUAAGUCAUUUUCAGUACUCGGUUUAUGUAAAGGGAGGGAUUGGUGCUGGUGGAUUUCCUGUGCAUGCUGUGACGAAUGUGUCGAAUAAUGUGGUGGUGGUUGAGAGCCAGAAACCGGCUGAUGCUGUUGUUUCUGUUUAUGUUGAUCAGCAAUAAUUCCAUCGAUCGGUUGGGGUGGGAAUUUUUGCAAUCUAGGAAAUCACGAGUUGCAUAUGGUUCACAGUACUAGAUAUAUAUACUUUUGGAAAUAAAUUUGAUGAGCAAUAUAAUUAUUGAGAAAUCAGAUUUAAUUUCUUAUUUAUUAUAUUAUUAGCUCAUGAUAUUAAGAUGCUGGCAUUUUUCAAGAAUACACAAUGUAACACAGAGUGAAAUAGAUGAUUAUUAUAAAGUUGCAAUCUUGGCGUUCUAUGUUCGACUAAUCAGAAACUCCGUUUUUUAAUAUUAAUUAUAGUGUAAUCCUUAAAUAAUUAUAUAGUGAAAACAACACCUCUUCAUGAUUGUGUACAUAUGUAUGUUAUUAGAGUAGAGUCCAAAUAAAAUACUAUCUGGCAAUAUUUGUAAACUGCAUGUGAUAUUAUCCUUGCAACAAAUUAAACCAAUAUAUAUUCUGAACACAUACAUAUUAAGGUGCGUACACAUAAAUCACAAACAGUGCUACGA